UUUCCUCCACAAGCAAAGCCUGAAACUUCUCUCCUUGCCUUUCUUUUUCCAUUUGAAUUCAAUUCUAACCAAAUUUCACCUUUCACAUUUUCCCAUCUUCAAAGUUCAGACACAGACUCCUUUGGCACCCUUAAGCUAGAAAAUAAAGAAGCCAAACAUGCCUCUAAGCAGGCCUCGCACAAGUAAACGUAGCUCAUCAUCUUCAUACACAUCCACAGUUACUACUGUUGCAUUCAUCGCAGUAUGUGUUAUAGGUGUGUGGAUGCUAACUUCAACAUCAAUAGUCCCUCCACAAAUCAUCACUCGCCCCACCAAAGUCACCUCCUCCUCCUCCGCCACCGCCACUGCCAAUAAUGCUGCUACCUUAGUUGAUAAUGCUGAUGCUACCUCAGCUACUAAUGAGGCACAGAGUAUUAAUAAUAAUGAGGAAAAUACUGACAAGAAAGACCAACCUGUUUUUGAAGAUAAUCCUGGUGAUCUUCCUGCAGAUGCCAUUAAAUCUGAUGAUCCUAAAAGCAUUGUUAUUGAGCAGAGUAAGCAAGAAACAGGUGGUGGUGAACUGAGUUCUGUUGUUGAAGAUAGGAAAGAAUCUGUUGAGGAACAGGAGAAGCAGACAGAAUCACAGACUCAGAUAUCUGAAGAAAGUCUAAUGACCCAAAAUCAGCAAGCUGAUCAUACUAAUAAAGAAAUUUCUGAAUCUAAUCAAACAGGAAACGAGAGCAAUGAUAUCAGUCUAGAGCAAACCAGAUCAUCUGAAAAUGCUGAAAAUUCACAGGAUACUCAAAAUCAGCAACAAGAACAGGAAGAAAACAUUGAGAGCGGCAAAAUUUCAUUGGUGUCUAAGAGCCAAGAAUCAAGCGCAGAUCAAGAACAGCAGCAGCAGCAGCAAGAGACUCAAAGCAUUGAAAACAAUCAGGAAAUUACAAAAUCAUAUGAGGAGCAGCAACAGCAACAACGACAAGAAGAUGCCGGAAUUCAGAACACUUCUCAAGAAUCUCAAAAUGAGUUAUCAGAAGAAGAUCAACAAGAAAGAAUGAAACAGCAACAGGAGAAACAACAAGAAGAGCAGAAGCAAGAAUCCACCUCAACCGAUGAAACACAACAACAGGAACAGCAGCUGGAACAAGAACAUCAAUUUGAAGAUGUAACAACCCCCGGAGACAAAAAAUCUGAAAAGGCCACAGUGAACUUGAAUACUAAAGUUGAUAAUCAACAAACUGAGAAAGAAUCUCAAGGUGAGAACAAUGUUUCAAGCCAAGAAACGAAAGAAGAAACAACAAUGGAACAGAAAUCCACCAGCGAAUCAUCAUUUCCUGGUGGAGGGACUUCUACAGAAAUACCAAAGGAGUCAAAGGAAUCAAAAAAGUCAUGGUCAACUCAAGCAACCGAGUCAGAGAACCAAAAAGAGAGACGAAAGGGAGAAUCAGAUGGCAAAGAAAGCAUUUAUGGGUACACUUGGCAUCUCUGUAAUGUCACAGCAGGUCCUGAUUAUAUUCCUUGUCUUGACAAUGAGAAGGCAAUAAGGCAAUUAAGAACUACCAGGCACUUUGAGCACAGAGAGAGACAUUGUCCUGAAGAGGGGCCUACAUGUUUGGUCCCACUUCCUGACGGUUACAAACGACCUAUCGCAUGGCCUGCAAGCCGUGAUAAGAUAUGGUAUCAUAAUGUACCUCAUACAAAACUAGCAGAGGUGAAGGGACACCAGAACUGGGUUAAGGUGACAGGUGAGUUCUUGACCUUCCCAGGUGGAGGCACCCAGUUCAUACAUGGAGCUCUUCAUUACAUUGACUUUGUUCAACAGGCAGUGCCUAAUAUUGCAUGGGGGAAGCGUACUAGAGUUAUUUUGGAUGUGGGGUGUGGUGUCGCAAGCUUUGGCGGUUAUCUUUUCGAAAAAGAUGUUCUUACAAUGUCUUUUGCACCCAAAGAUGAACAUGAAGCACAAGUUCAGUUUGCUCUUGAAAGAGGGAUACCUGCUAUCUCCGCUGUCAUGGGUUCUCAGCGUCUCCCGUUCCCUAGCAGGGUUUUCGAUGUCUUGCAUUGUGCUCGUUGUCGAGUGCCUUGGCAUGCAGAUGGUGGUAUGCUACUUUUGGAAUUGAACCGCGUCCUUCGGCCGGGAGGAUAUUUUGUUUGGUCAGCUACACCUGUGUACCAAAAGCUUGAAGAAGAUGUAGAAAUAUGGCAAGCAAUGUCUGCAUUGACGGUAUCCAUGUGUUGGGAGCUCGUUACGAUUAAGAAGGACAAACUCAAUUCUGUUGGUGCUGCCAUCUACCGCAAACCUUCAUCCAAUGAUUGCUAUGAUCAAAGGAAGAAAAAUACUCCUCCAAUGUGCAAGGGCGAUGAUGAUCCAAAUGCUGCCUGGUAUGUGCCUCUGCAAUCAUGCAUGCAUCGGGUGCCAGUCGAUGACAAUGAGAGAGGGGCUCGAUGGCCAGAGGAUUGGCCGAGUAGGCUACAGACGCCUCCUUACUGGCUGAACAGCUCUCAGAUGGGGAUUUACGGAAAACCAGCUCCUCAGGACUUUGCCACAGAUUAUGCACACUGGAAACAUGUGGUACGCUCAUCAUAUUUGAAGGGAUUAGGCAUCAGUUGGUCCAAUGUGAGAAAUGUUAUGGACAUGAGGGCUGUUUAUGGCGGGUUUGCAGCAGCUCUAAAAGACCUUAAAGUGUGGGUGUUCAAUGUAGUGAACACGGAUUCCCCGGAUACACUUCCUAUAAUAUUUGAGCGAGGCCUAUUUGGGAUUUAUCAUGACUGGUGCGAGUCCUUCAGCACUUAUCCUCGCACUUAUGACCUCCUCCAUGCUGAUCAUCUAUUCUCCAGGCUGAAGAAAAGGUGCAAACUUGCUCCUGUGCUGGCAGAGGUUGAUCGGAUAGUGAGACCAGGAGGCAAAUUAAUCGUUCGUGACGAGUCGAGCACAAUAGGGGAAGUUGAGAACCUGUUGAAGUCUCUACGAUGGGAGGUUCACCUAACCUUCUCCAAAGACCAAGAAGGUCUGCUCAGUGCACAAAAAGGCGACUGGCGGCCACAGAUUUCUGCAGCUUCUUCCUGAUAACAUAUAGAGUAGAUUGGCUCAUAAACUUGUGGUGUCCUCCCUCCAUGAAAGCUUGUAAACCCAGCCAUUGUGCCUUUAUGUCCGCUAUCUGCUCAAUGCAACAACAUAUAUAUAUUUGUUGUAAUGUAGUAUAGUCAAUAUGUAGUGUUACAAUCGGUUAACUGAUGGAUUUUUCUGCCACAACCAGGAUGCAAAUUGCACUACGGAUUUCAUUGA